AUGCCGUUUAUACUUUGGCAUGACCUCAUUGUUAAUGGUUGCCCUAACGUCACACUAAACAGCCGUGAUCCUGCACAAAAAGUACACCGUUGGUUCAGACGAGUCAAUCGCUUCACAAACACCGAUCAAUGUGAACCGUACAUCUUCCCUUACUGCCCUGAGCUCGACUUUAAUCUCUGGAGAUCACCCCGUACCAAGCAGGAAUGCGAACUCUAUUGCUACUCGGUGGACGAGCAGAGAAAACGCGGUAUUAUUUAA